AUGCGGCGCUUUUUCGAUAUUGUGCGUGUGGCGACCAUUGCUUUAGUUAGCAGUAGUCUCGUCAAUGCACUUGGACAGACUCCAGUUAUAGGAUUUACAUCCUCUCGAGGAAGUAUCCAGCUAGCUGGACCCGACGACAAUGCUAUCAUUGUGCUUGACGGACGAGAUUGGCCGGGUGUCAUUAGAGCAGGAAAGGAUCUUGCUGCAGAUUUUGGAAAAGUGACUGGAACCGAUCUCGAUUACCAUGUCCAAAAUACAACAAAGGGUCUUCCAAAGACCCAAUUUGCCAUUAUCAUUGGAACAAUCGGCAAAUCAGCCUUUAUCGAUGGGCUUAUCGCUAAAGGAGACCUAGACGUUUCCAAGAUAAACGGAACAUGGGAAUCAUAUACUACUCAACUUCUCCUUCGCCCCGCAACUGCUCCGGGAAUUCAUAAGGCUCUGAUUAUUGCGGGAUCUGACAAGCGUGGCACAAUCUUUGGCGCUUAUGAUAUCUCCGAACAGAUCGGCGUGUCUCCAUGGUACUGGUGGGCAGAUGUUCCUACUGUUAAGCGCACCAACAUCUAUGCAUUGGAUGUUGACCGCGUUCAAAAGUCGCCAUCUGUUAAGUAUCGUGGUUUAUUCUUGAACGACGAGCAGCCCGCUUUGACCGGUUGGGUUAAUGCCAAGUUCCCACGAGGAAAAUAUGGACCUGGAUUCAACAAGGAAUUCCACUCCAAAGUAUUUGAGCUCUUGCUGAGACUCAGAGCCAACUAUUUCUGGCCAACCACUUGGAACUCCAUGUUUGCUGUCGACGAUCCUGAAAACCAGUAUACCGCUGACUAUUACGGUAUUGUUAUGGGAGCAUCUCAUACUGAGCCCAUGACUAGCUCUACCAAGGAGUGGAAUACACUCGGAAACGGCACGUGGGACUUUUCUGUCAAUGACAAGAACAUUGUUGAUUUCUGGUAUAAAACUAUUCGCCGCGCAAAGCCUUGGGAAAACCUUAUUACAAUGGCAAUGCGUGGAAAUGGUGACACCGCUCUAGACAACCCUAACCAUAUUGCUCUUCUUGAGAGAGUCAUCUCUAAACAGAGACAAAUUAUUGAUGAAGUCUUCGAUGUUCCAGUCGAUAAAGUCCCCCAGAUGUGGUGUUUGUAUAAGGAAGUCCAGGGAUACCCCGAGCAGGGACUGUCUGUCCCUGAGGACAUCACCUUCCUGUGGGCUGAUGAUAACUGGGGCAAUGUUCGCCGCCUACCAAUUGGCGAUGAACCUAGCAGAAAGGGUGGUGCUGGUGUUUACUACCACUUUGACUACGUCGGCGAUCCACGUGACUACAAGUGGAUUGACACUGUAUCUCUCGCACAAACCUACCAACAAAUGAAGCUGUCCUACGACCGUGGCGCAGACAGAAUCUGGAUUGUCAACGUUGGAGACCUGAAGACCCUCGAAACCCCAAUUGAUUUCUGGUUCGCCUUGGCUUAUAAUGUUUCAUCCGUUACAUCAAUCGGUAUCAACGGAUACCUCGAGCAAUUCGCAGCCAAGACCUUCGGGUCCCAAUACGCUAAAGAAAUCGCCGGGCUUUUGGAGAGAUACUCCUUCUUGACUGCUAGGAGAAAAUAUGAGCUAUUAGAGUCCGGCAUCUACAGUGUUAUCAACUACAGAGAGGCUGAGACCGUCCUUGCCGAGUGGAAAGAUCUCUCUGACAGGGCCGAAGCCUUGUAUAGCAAGAUCCCCGCCGAGUACAAGCCUGCCUUUUUCCAACUUGUCUCGCACAAGGCUAAGGCGGGAUAUAUCGUCUAUGACAUUUACAUCAAUAUUGCUAGAAAUCAAAGAUACGCCGCUCAAAGAAGAAACUCUGCCAACUACCUGACCUCCUACGUUCAAAAGAGAUUCCAAGAAGACUUUGAUUUGCAGAAGGAAUGGGACGAGCUUCUUGACGGGAAAUGGAUUCACUUCUUGGAUCAAACUCAUUUUGGGUACAAUUACUGGCAACAACCAAUGCGAAACACCAUUGGUGGGCUUUCUUUCGUUCAGUUCCCGCAGAACUCUCUCGCAGGCGCUCUCGGUGUAGCUGGAGAAGGCAGCAACGGUUCCAUCCCCGGAGACGAUAAUAACAAUGCUGGAACCUUCAACAACAAUACCAUCGUUCUCCCGGUCUUGGAUACUUACAAUGCUGUCGGGUCCCGAUGGAUUGAAAUCUUCAAUAAAGGAAACGAGCCCUUUAACUUUACCAUCAAGCCACAUAACCCAUGGAUCAAGGUUUCCCAGUCCACUGGAACUAUUCUUCCCUCUCAAACCAGCAACACUGACAUCAGAGUCGAGCUUUCUGUUGACUGGGCCAAUGCACCAGCUGGAUACAAUAUCGCCUUCAUCGAUAUUGAGUCUUCCGCACCAUAUGGAGACUUCAACAUGCCAUCUAUCCACUUGCCAAUUAGCAAAACCGCCGUGUCUUCCGGAUUCAAGGGGUUUGCAGAGUCUUCUGGAUAUAUUUCCAUAGAAGCCGAACACGCUACAAGAAAGAGCUCUGCAUAUGAAGUAAUUCCCGGCUUCGGCCGAACGAAAUCUGGUGUCCAACUCAAGGACAAUACAGCUAGCACACAAAGCGCUCCAAGUGGCCCUGCUUUGGAGUAUGAUAUUUUUACCUUUAGCUCGCCAGCCAAGGGCACCAAUAUCACCGCCUACUUCGGCACGGGAUUGAAUAACUACCCGGGACGACCUCUUAAAUACGCUAUCGCCAUCGACGAUGAAACCCCUAAAGUGGUUAAAUACGUCCCUGACGAGAGCUCUCCCGGAAAUCUUCCACCAGAAUGGCUUAUUGCUGUUGCAAACAACAUUUGGACUUACAAGACUACCCAUACUGUAGCACCGGGCAAACACACUCUUAAAUUCUGGGCCCUUGAGCCAGGUGUAGUGCUUGAGAAGCUCGUCAUUGACCAGGGCAGUGUGGUUCCUAGCUACUUGGGCCCACCAGAGAGCAAGAUCUUGUAA